AUGAGGCGCGACGCCGCGCGUCAAAUCCGCGCCGGAUUCGUCGCGCUGGCGUCAGUCGCGGCUCUGAUACACCUCGUCGGGGUCGAUAACACGUCUGGGCGGGCCUCGAUCCUGGCACGUGGCGCAGGUCGGGGCGGUCGGGGCGAUGAUGCGCUGAGAUUCCUCGGCCCAGGGGCGAGGCGCCAGCUGCUAUCAUCGCACUGCGGUGCGGGUCAGGAGGAGUUGAAUUCGACGCAUUGCGCGAAUUGUACAGCCGGGAAGACCUCGACCGCCGGGCAAUCAUGCACGCCUUGUCCUGCGGGGUACUUCUCCGCGGUUGAGGGCAGGCACAAGUGCGACCGAUGCGAGUUGGGCUUCCACUCCGAGUCGGGCCAAUCAGAGUGCACCCGAUGUACCACCGGGUUCCCGUGUCCUGAAGACCGCCCGAGGUACCUGGAGCUGUUGGUGGUGAACGACAAGCGAAGGUGCGACGAGUACGGCAGUUCGAGAGACGAGAUGCACGCACACACCGCAGCUGUCGUAGACUCGGCGGCUGCUCGUUUCAGCGGUGCAUUCUCCCCGGGGUUGAAAAUUGUCCUGGUGAAACAAGAGGACUGGUGCGACGGCGACGUCGCCGAGAUCAACGCCGUUCCCGAGGAUUCAACCCGCGCUUACUAUCGCACGGAUGAGAACAAGAAGGAAACGAACACGACGACCCUGCGUGAUGCGUUUGGGGUGUGGAGAGACAAAAAUCUUGAGACCCUCCCGUCGCACGACGUCGCUUUCCUGUUUACGGGUCGUGACCUGGUUGGAAGUAUCGUGGGUGCUUCGAACGAGUACAGCGUCUGCGGCGACGACGCGAAACACUGCGGGACGAUCGUUCCAGGGAGCAGAAACUCGAGCCUCGGUGUGAACGAGUGCGCCACCGGGGAGGACGGCGUUGUCCGGUGCUGCUACGCGCAUCGAUCCGGGGCGGUGGCGAUGGUGUCCAAAUCAGACGCUCCCUCCGCAGCCGGACUCGUCCUCGCGCACGAAAUCGGUCACCAACUCGGCAUGAGCCACGACGGCGACACGACUUGCACGAAUAUGACGGGUCCUUUCAUCAUGGCCGAGCAGUUUGAGCACGUGAACGCGUCUGCGGAAACCUGGUCUCCGUGCAGCGUCACAAAGUAUGAAGCUCAGGUUGGGGAUUACGAGUGCCUCGCGCAUGGGGUCACCGCGGUUUGCGGCAACGGGAUUGUCGACGAGAACGAGGAGUGCGAUUGCGGAAAGGACGAUUGUUCCGCAGUCGACCCGUGCUGCGACGGGAGCACGUGCCAGCUCAAAAAUCAGACUUGCGCGCCGCCCCCGCCACCCGCGCCUCCGCCACCCGCAUUAUACUCGCAGGACCCUCUGUGCACGUCGAGUUGCGGCGUUGGAUACGAGAUUGGCGUGUCACAGUCUGUGAUCAACGUUCGCGCGGACCAGUGCCUGCAGUGCAGCGGUGGACACGGGCUCACGGGGAGCCCCGCCGGGUACAGGGAAUCGGACUGCAAGAUCGAUUCGGCGCCGUUCAAGGGUUGGAAAUAUUCAGACGUGCAGCCCAACGAGGAAGAAGGGAUCAGGUACGAAAAUUGCUACUGGACUGGAUGCGGGGAUAGUAGUACGUGCGGGGAUGGCGAGGAGACAAGAAAGUCGGAGAUCUGCGCUGUCGGCACAAACAAGAGAUGUUGCACAAAGGUGGACCUCUGGGUGUGCUGCGGCUUGCUGCCUUGCCAGAAUGCUCCACCUCCACCUCUGUCACCUCCUCCAUCGCAACUUCCACCUCCUCCGUCGCCACCUCCUCUACCGUCUCCGCCUCCGCCUCCACCGAGCCCCGAUGGAUGGCGGCUCAUGGGCGGUGGCAUCAACGGAUCCGCAGCCUACGACUUUUCGGGAUCUGCUGUUUCCAUGUCUCAAGAUGGAUUGCGAGUGGCCAUCGGAUCUUCCUUGAGCGACGGGACGGACAAGAAGAACGCCGGCCACGUCAGAGUGUUUGAAUGGAAAUCGGCAUCUUCCAGCUGGGAUCAGGUUGGUGCAGAUAUCGACGGCGCGAGUGCUCUCGACCAAUUCGGCCAAGCCAUAUCUCUAUCUGACGAUGGAGAUCUUGUCGCAGUCGGUGCUCCGUUCUGGUCCGACGAAGAGAAGGGUCGAGUGCGUGUGUUCUCCUUGAAAGACGGAGUGUCAUGGCCUACGUACGGCGAGUCUCUCCAGGGGGAGUCAAAUUGGUAUUGGUUCGGAUGGAAGCUCUCCAUGUCGACAGUCGAGAAUAACCCUCGCCUCGCCGUCGCCGCUUUCAAAGACGACGCAAGCGGGAGGAAAACCGGGAUAGUUCGCGUGCACAGGUAUAAAGAAGAGGCGGGAAAAUGGGCUCAGCUUCCCGAUGACAUUGUAGAGGAGAACAUUGGAGACGAGGCUGGGUUUUCCCUAGACCUCUCCGACGACGGUACCCAUCUUGCAGUUGGCUCGGCAUUCAACGACAACGGCGGUGCAAGUGCAGGACACGUUCGCAUCUAUAACUUUACUAAUGAGGGUUGGAAGCAGAAAGGCCUUGACAUCGACGGAUCACUCCCUUAUGAAUACUCAGGAUCGUCACUUGCGUUGGUGAAUUAUGAAGACCCUGGUGGUGCGGCUGAUGUCUUAAUCGUUGCUGUGGGUGCGCCUGGUGCAUAUGGGAGCAGGGGUCGCGUUGCGGUCUACAAGUGGGUUGGUGAAGCGUGGCAGAAGAGGGGUGUAGACCUAUAUGGGGACAACGACGGCGAUCAGUUUGGAUUCUCGGUGUCUCUCUCGACCAAUGGGACGCGCCUCACCGUCGGUACCGUUACCGGCUAUGUUCGAGUGUACGAGUGGAAAACAGACAAGUGGGUCGGCGUCAGUUUGGACAUCUUGGCCGAAUCUGCUGGUGAUGCAGCUGGCUUCGCCGUCUCGAUGGCCGGCGACGGUAGUCGCGUCGCCAUUGGAGCGCCCCGGAGUGACGCCAACGGAACGGACUCCGGACAUGUGCGGGUAUACGAGCUGGCAAAGUGGGACGCAACUGCGCCCGAGCCCCCGACGGCGACGAAUCCCUCGCCACCUCCCUCGCUUCCCCCGCCUUCCCCACCUCCCCCGCCGAUUCCUCGUUCACCACCGCCCUCUCCGGUCAAGUGGUAUCGGAUGGGUGCAGAUCUCGAUGGCGAAGCCGCCGACUAUCAUGGCGGGGCGGUCUCUUUGUCCGGGGAUGGCAUGCGGUUGGCAUUCGGAGCAAAGAAGCAUGACAAAGAUGGUGCAAGCAGCACCGAUGAUUACCAUGGACGCGUUCGAGUGUAUCGAUGGUUAUCGUUCAAAUGGGAGCAGCUCGGAGGUGAUAUCACUGGAGAGGUCGGCGAUGAGGCUGGAUCUGCGGUGUCUCUGUCCAAAGACGGCUCGCGACUCGCCGUCGGGGCGGCCCAGGAAAAGUCAAAAGGCAAGGGCAAAGUUCGAGUAUACCAUUAUGACGAUGAUCUCAAUUGGAUAAAACUCGGCGCCGAUCUCGUCGGCGAGGCAGACGAGGAUAUGUUUGGUUCCACCGUCGCAAUAUCUGGUUCGGGCGCACGCCUCGCUGUCGGUGCCCCAUACCAUGAUCCCGGUGGCUUGGAAAAACAAAGUGCGGGACACGUUCGCGUGUUUGAGUGGAAUAAGGAAGCUUGGAGCCCGAUGGGUAACGCUAUCAAUGGUAACGUAAAGGGUCAUAUGUCCGGUUGGUCCGUGUCCUUGUCCGACGACGGCUCCCGACUAGCCCUCGGUGGAAUCGAAGAAGACGCUCUCGUUUUUCAAGGACAUGUCCGUGUCUACGAAUGGAACGCCACUGCCGGUGAUUGGAAGCAAUUGGGUGCAGAUUUUACGGCGGACAAGGCGGAAGAUUAUUUCGGCAUGUCCGUGUCACUCUCAGCUGAUGGCACUCACGUCGCAAUCGGCGCAAAGAAUCACGAUAGUGACAGCGAAGACACGAAAUCUAACAUCGGACAAGUCAAGGUAUAUCGGUACAACGAUACCUCUGGGUCUUGGCAGCAGCUCGGCGAGGACAUUGACGGAAAGGAGAAAAAUGAAAAAUCUGGAACUGCUGUCUCCUUGUCCGCGGAUGGAACCAGGGUGGCCAUCGGCGCACCAUACUACGACGAUACUGGAAAUCUGGAAAAUACUGGCCGUGUCACAGUUUACCAGUACGACCCGGCGACGAACUGGACGCUCGUCGCUGUGACGGAGCAGCCAAACGGCAUAACCGACGAGGCUUCAGGAGACUUUUCUGGUGUCUCCGUCUCUAUUUCAGAUGAUGGAGAACGUGUCGCGGUUGGAUCGAGCGAUCCCAGUGAUGAGGCCAAUGGCGCGGGUUACGUGCGGGUCUACUCUCUCGUGGCAAAUCCGCCGCCACCGCCGCCUCCGAGUCCUCCGCCCAGUCCUCCACCGCCGAGUCCCCCGCCGCCGAGUCCCCCACCGCCAAGUCCGCCGCCGCCGAGUCCGCCGCCGCCGAGUCCACCGCCGCCGAGUCCCCCGCCGCCGAGUCCCCCGCCGCCGAGUCCGCCGCCGCCUCUGCCGCCGCCGCCGAGUCCGCCACCGCCCAGCUCACCACCACCGAUGAGCCCAUCGCCGCCACCACCGCCGCCGCCUUUUCCUCCGUUGGACCUGGGUAAUGUCAAUGACAUUGAAGACCAGCGAGACAAGGUUGCCGAAAAUCUCAAAUCGGCAAAGGCUGACGCUGAGACGGCUCGAGACUCAUUGCUCUCAGGGAUCAGCGGGGAUGACAGAACGAGGGCGCUUCUUCUCGCCGACGCCAUCAUCGCGGGAAAGAACAUCACGCGGGUGACUGUAACCCAGGAUGCGGUGAAUGCGGCGAUUGCUUGCGAUGACGUUUACAAACUCAUGGAAGUUGACAGAUCCAUCGGAUCCUGCCAGGCGUCCCUCGCGUCGGGUCGUCGUAAGCUUCUCGCGGACUUUUCAGUGAACGUUUUGCUGAGCACCGUCCAGAUCGAUCAGUCGAAAAUCGACUCUUCCGUCGCGAAGCUGCCGGGUGCUACCGCGAGCAGAGUCGAAAGACCAGAGGUGGAGCUGAGCAACAUCCCCGGCAUCGACGCAAACUCUGAUGGAUUUACUCGAUUGAUUCGCCUGGCGGAUCACGCGGUGGAACUUUCCAAACAACUGGAAAUUCUCGAAGGCAGCUUGAAUGCCGCGAAAACCCCACCUCCACCUCCACUUUCAUCGGAUGACGGCAUGACAGCGGAGGACCUCGCCCUGGUCAUCACCGUCCCGCUGGUGACGUUCAUCUUUUGCUGUGUGCUCCUGUAUUAUCGCAAGAAAAUCGCCGACGUCUGCGGCGGCGCGUGCUGCUUCUGGCGACGCAGUCGUGGGCGACCGAGCGGACCAUCCGACCGCGCCGCCCAAUACGCCGCUCGCACGCCCCAGCCUUCGAGCGGGGGAACGCGAGAUGAACCGGCGACGACGCCGGAUUCGGCUCGAUGGGCGUCGUCUCAGCCGUCGGCGGCUGACCCGUGGACCGAGCCCGAGCCCUUGUCGCCGUUCGGCGCGGCUCCCGCCGGUUUCUCCCAGCAGCCGUUCGAGCGAACGUCCAAGACGAUCGACGACGACGCACGAGUGGAAGAUGCGUCGGUUUCGAGCGAUGAUUCGAUUUCGAGCGACGACACGGAUCCUUUCGGAGCCGCGCCGCCCGCGACAACCCCCGCGGUGGCGCCCGAUCCACCCUUCUCGGACUCAUCGGACGACUCGGACGAUGAUUCGGACGACGAUCCGUUUGGCGACGCGCCCGCCCAGCAGCUACCGGUCGGCGGGGCGCAGAACUCCCAGCAGGACAUGGACAUGGGUGAGACGCUGUCCUUCGGGGAUACCUCCGACGGCGAUGACAGCGCCUCCGACGACCCGUUCGGGUCCUCGAACAAGAGCGGCGGCGACGACCCGUUCGCGGACCCGUUCGAGGACCCAAACUCGCCGUGA